GUUGUUGUUGGACUGCAGAAGUGUCGUGUUGUGGCAAUGAUUAAGAAAGCGGAAGAAUGUUAAAAAAAAUAUAUAUACAGAAUUUAACAAAGAAAUAAAAAACUAACACAUUACUUGAGAAAAAAUAAAAAGCAAAGUGUUAAAUAAAACAGAAGUGAGAGUAUGCUAAUCCGAGAGAGGCACGAGUGUAGAAUUUAAAGAACGAAAGUUGUGCGAUCUCAGUGAAGCAAACUCGACAAAGCAAACAUACGGAUACAAACAGAUGCAAGCAAAUGUUGCAAGUUCAUCUGUUGUUAAACAAACGCCAAUAGUGUGUUGCAAAAAAAUCAAGUUAUGGAACUACCCUCGAUGGUGCAACGCUCUGGCGACACGCUAAUUGUGCGCAGCGUCGUCAGUGGUAAUCAAUUGUAUUUGGAUCAGGGUGCCGCCUCCACGAAAAACAAUAAUAACCACAAGCAUAGUAGCGCUUCGCCGUUGCAGCAGCAGCAGCAAUCGCAAUCGAGUGGCACCGCCAACUUGUCAACUACUGCACUGGAACAAUUAGAGCGCUAUCGUGCCGCAGCUGCACAGUAUCACCUACAACAACAACAGCAUCAGCAACACCAAAAUGCCGCACAACAGCAACAAAAUGCGGUUGCUUCGGCGGUAGCUCAUCAGCAGGCUAUGGAACUGAAAGAUGAGGGGCUGCCACAAUGUAAAAUCAAGCGCAAUUACAGCUGCAGCUACUGCACCUACUUCACGCAAAAUCCACGAUACCAUCUUACGCAUCUGCGAGACGUUCAUGGCGAAAAAAUCGUCAUCAAUAAGUGCAAGCUGUGCCUGUAUGCGUCGCGACAUUUUCAAAAGUUGGUGCGGCACAUGAAAAUGGUGCACGGCUGCACCGAUGGUGUGGCCGGUGGACACGGGCAGCCGCGUGGCAAGCGCGGUAUGAGUCGGGAGGCACGCAAGCGCAAGUUGGAACAAAGCGUGGGUUUGGGCGCAGCACCGAGUGAUAUGAGUGUCAGCAGCGGAGGCAAUGUCGUAAUGAGUGAAGGUGUGUCGAAAAUGCCGACUUAUGAGCAGGUUAAACGCGAACUAGAGCUGCAGCGCGAAUCUCUUAUCGCCGUUGUUUAUGAGCGUGAGUUACAGGCCCAGCGUGAGCGUGAACUAGAAGCCCGUCAACAGGCACAGAAUGCGUACGAACAAGAAAUGCAGGCAGCAACAGCAGCUGCUGCUUCAGUGGCUGCAUCCGAAGCACAACGUCGUCAAUCGCCAGCUAAUGCAGCCACUCCCAGCAGCAUCAGCAGCAACAAUGCAAGUGCCUCUGCAAAUGGCUCUAGCAGCAAUAACGGCAGCGGAAAUCUUCCAGCUUUUCAAUUGCCACCAGCUCAUCAGCAGUCACUUACGGCACAUAACCGCACCAUUGAGCUUUCACCAUCACCCACCGACUCAGUGUCGUCUGGGAAUGGAGCUGACGCCGCUACCGCAGCUGCAUUGCAUUCCAGUGGGGUUUCACUGACCUACGUUGGAGAUGAGCCCACCCAGAAUAGGCUGUUGAAGUGUAGCCUUUGCGAUUUCACCACCCUCUUCCGCGCACAAUUGGUAGAUCACGAAUUAGACGAGCAUUGUAAAACGAAAUUUUUCCGCUGUGAGAAGUGUUCGUAUGUAACACACAUUAAGGCACGGUUCAGCAAACACGUCAAAUAUCACUCCAUGCCUAUGAUUAAAUGUGUUACGUGUGAUUUUCGUACUCCUUAUAAGUGGAAUCUUGAUCGGCAUAUGAAAAAUCAUGGGGGCGCAGGUCCAUUCAAGUGUGCUGCCUGCGAUUUUACAGCCGAUAUCAAGCAAUCGCUGACGGUGCACGAAAUGAAUCAUCAUGUGCCACCGGUUGGGCAUGCAGCGGGCAUGUCGCUGGGACGACGACCAAACAAGGUCGGUGGUACAGAUUUACGUGAAGAUUUUCUAAGCGAUUCUGUUGAUUUGUUGGAGGAUCAUUUCAAUAAUAACAAUCUCGAUGAAUACGAUGAAGCGUUCGUAGCCGCAGAGCCUUAUACCAAACGUAGCAAAUAUGACGAGGAAGAACCGACCGAUUUGUCUGCGAAAGGUGGCUCCUCCGACACGUCGUCAGUGCAUAAUCAAAGUUUGAGUGUAUCAUUAACGCCAAAAGCAAAGCGGCCAAUACCGAAUCUCAUUCCGAUACCGAAAAAUAAUGGACCAAGCAUUAUGAAUCUUCCCAAGGAGUUCGCUGCCUCGCGUAGCUCCCUUACCGAUAUCGCUUCUAUGUUCUUCAAUGAUAAGCAAAUCUCCGAGAUGUUGCAGCCACUCGAAAAAUCGGACGCCGCUCAAUUAUCACCAACUCCCACCGUUGCGUCCACAUCCAGCCAUGCUUCUCGCAGUUUGCUACACAAGAAACCCACACCGGGUGGCAGUUUCUUUGACAAAUUGAAAUCCUCAGCGUUGGCAGGACCAAGCGAGAAUCUCAUCUGUCCAUGUGGUCAUAUGGCCAAGUGUCUGUCAGAGUCGAUCAUCCACCGCAAAACAUGCAAUUUCGCUGCUAUCGCCGAAGAUGAUGUUGAGGAGGAGCAAGAUGAUGCAGACGAUCGCCUGGAAAUAGAUUUUGCCGAUGAUGAAGAUCGACAAUCGCAUUCGGCACUUAAUUUGAGUGUAACCGGUUCAACGCGUUGCCAGCAUUGUCGCCAUCGUUGCAAAUCAUCUGCAGAUCUGUUGAAUCAUCUCAAGCAAUGCACCGAGGCUAGUCGAUGUGGCAAUGACUCUUUCGAUUCAAUGUCUGGUGACAGCAAUGCCGGUCGUGUUGGUGGUGCUGACUCCACUAAUGACCAACAUCCGAUGGAGAAUCGCGUAUUCAUCUGGAAUAAAAUGCCUGGUGGUGACACUGGGCAGCGUGAAGGAAGUCAGUGCUCGGAUAGUCGGGGGCAGACAAAUAAUACCGCAGAAUCAUCGGGUAGCAGCGCACAUGGCGCUAGCAGUGCAACUUGUGAAGAGAAUAGCUAUUAUGGUGUUGAAACGGCGCCAGGUUAUGGUGAGGUAACGAAAAAGAUGACGCCGGAAGAAGAAGCAGCUAAUUCGUCUUUGAAGAAAGUAUACAAGUGUCCGCACUGUUCUUUCUGGGCCUCAACAGCUUCGCGUUUUCACGUACACAUUGUCGGUCAUUUGAAUAAGAAACCAUUUGAAUGCUCUCUCUGUUCAUAUCGUUCCAAUUGGCGUUGGGAUAUCACCAAGCACAUUCGCCUAAAGACCAUACGUGAUCCCAGCCACAAGAAUGCACGUGUGCUCAUGAACGACGAAACGGGUCGUCGUAAUUACACCAAAUACAAUAAAUACAUCACAUUAAUGAAGGUAACCGAAGAAGAUGGCGAUCCAAAGUUAAUGAAAUCGGGCGAAAUGACACCAAAUCAGGUAGCUUCGUUAUCCUUUAUCAACGAUUACAAUAAAAAUGUGGUACCUAAUGCCUUGACAUCUACCCAUUUGAAUGGCAUCAAGGAGGAUAUAACACUGGAGCCAAUACCAUCGAAAUCUAGCGCCGGUGUUAAUAAUAGUAGUGGUAAUAAUAAUGGCAACGAUCAGUUAGCCGACGGUUUCAUACGUUUACCAUUGCUAGCGACUAUGAUGAAUGCUGCAAUGGCACAACAACACCAUCAACAACAAAAAGACUCCGAACAGGGUCAAGCAACAAUGAUUACACCCUCAGUAACUAUUUCCGCUGUUAAGCGUUCGCCACCGCCUCUUAUGAAGCCUAGUGAUGAUCUGGUCACAGAUGUGCGCCAGGAGGGCAACGAAAAGAAAACAUUCUAUAGGUGUCGCAAGUGCACUUUUCGUCAUGCAAAUCGUGAUGCCGUACUCGCCCACGUCAAGAUACAUUACCAGGAUCCUAACUACCCUAUAGUAACAGCUACAGCAUCUACUUCACCCAAGUCGGCGAACUCUCAGCAGCAACAACAACACAACACACCACUUCAAGUGGCCGUUAAUCCAAAUAUCUAUAUGAACAAAGUUCUCGCCGCUAUGUGCCUUUCCCAGCAGCAGCAACAACAACAACCGCAACCCAACUCGAAUUCUUCAACGAACACUGAUCAACAGCAGCAGCAACAACAACAACAACAACAUUCCAUACUCUCCGCCGGCCUACUGCAACAAGCGAUGCAAGGAGCACCGCCAAAUUCACCACUAGGCUGCCUGGCAUUAUCGCUAGCCGGCAAGAGUCCUGCCAAAGCAACUGCUUCUAUUUUAGAGCACGGUGAGCAGAAAUCGAUACAAAACGAGGCAAGUGCCCAAAGGCCAACGUCGCCCAAACAAAACAACCAAAGCAACUUUCACAAUAGCUUAACUAUAGCUUCAUCGUCGACAUCGUCUUCUCCACACUCCUCUGGCGGCAGCAAUUUUGGUGUUGGUGUUGGUGGUGGUGGUGGUGCUGGAGUUGGUAUGGUCGGUGCGGCCACAUCAGCAUCAUCGUUGCAACAUUUGUUAACUUCACCGCGUGGCACUUACGCAUCAUCCUCCGUACAUUCACUACGCAAUCAACUGCAUUCGCCUACAAUCAGCAACAACAACAUUAGCAACACCAUUGGUGGUAGUGUUGGUGUUAGUGGUCAUACUACUAAUAACAAUAAUAGCAAUAAAAAUUUGGUAAUGGGUGCAUUAACGGUAACGAAACACACCAGUGAAAGCGAAGCGAGACACAAUGUCUUCGAUUCACCCACAGCCACAGCAGAUGCAAGCGGUGGCGCCGCUGCUUUAUUACAUUCAUCACCAAGUGCUAGUGCUGCACUCAACACGCCCAGUGCCACAACAGUAACUACACUUCCUACUACUCUUACCAGUUCUAAUACUACCACUAGUGCAUCUCUGGGAAUAAAGUCCACUAGCAAUCCAUAUCAUAUGCAAAUGGGUCUCAUCGGUGCUUCAUCUAUUUCCAAUAGCAACAACAACAACAACAGUCAUAAUGGCGCUAUCACCUAUUUGGGUGGUAGUCAAAGUAGUGGUGGUGGUGGUGGUGGUGGUGUUGAUGUCGUUGGUACUCAUAGUGAUAAUAAUAAUAGUCUAUGUAUUGGUGGUAUUAUAUUUGGUUCUAAUAAUUCUACUACUACUACUACUAGUUUAAAUCGCAAUACUUCCAUACCUCCUACUACUACUACUACAGCAACAACAGUAGCUAGCAGUCGCCCAACUGCUGGCAGCAGUGGUGGUGGUACAACAUCAUCUUCAUCUAAUUUGUUAUUAAGUUCGGCUACAGUGGCGGCGGCGGCGGCAGCGGCAGCAUCGACUCUUUAUGCGUCCAAUGCGGUCACAUUGUCACCGCCCUCGGCGGCAUCGUUAUGUAUUUCCUCGACCAAUGCAUCGUCGGCUAGCAAUUUCAAUCAAACACAAAAUCUCAAUCAAAAUCAAAUUCUGAAUAACAAUUGUAGUAAUUUAUUAGUUAACGACAGCGAGCGACGUGAACCGUCGCCGUAUCGUUGCGGUCAUUGUCAUCAAGUAUCAAAUUGGAAGCAUGUCAUUCAGCGGCAUUGUCGCUUGAAACACGCUGGCGACAUACGCAUCGAAACCCUUGAUCGCACCGUCAACACCAUCAACGAACGCAAUGCGCCGCCUAUUUAUCGACCGCUCGGCAAUGGCGCCUCGAAUGAGACCAAUUACGGGCUUACACUUAAAGCUUUACAGCAGCAGCAACAACAGCAACAACAGCAACAACAACACCACCACCACCAGCAGAAGCAACAACAACAAUCGCCUCACACUUUAAACAACCUUUCUGGUCCGCCCAGCAACUCAGUACUUAUGAGCAACAACAACAACAAAAACGAACAAAAUCUGUUGCAUUCACCACUCGCCGGUACCGCUGCCGCUAAUGCAGCCACCACACCACAGGAGCUGCAGCAGGCCGCUGCUGCAUAUAUAGCAGCCACUUACAAGGCUGCUGCAGCUGCAGGCAAUGGAUCGGCUGCAGCUGCCGUUGCAGCAGCUGCCGCUCUGGGUCUAAGCAGCGAUGAUUUGAUGUUGCAUCAGCAAUUGCAGCAAAAUGAUCAAAUUGAAAUCACACGCCUACCGCCAGGGGUGGCCAAUGCUGCACAGCAACAGCUGCAGCAACAAGCACAAUCGCAGCAACAACAACAACAACAACAACAGCAGCAGCAGCUGAACUCCAAGUGCAAGCAGCAAAAGUGUCCUCUCUGUCCGUAUAUUUCGGAGAGCAAAUCGCAGAUGAAUUAUCAUAUUUCCUUGCAUAAGCCCACCCAGUACGAAUGUUCGUUGUGUACGUUCGUUUGCGCCAAGAAGCAGCAUUUGAGCAGUCACAUGCGCACCGUGCAUCAGCAGCAUAAUUUAAGUGCGUCCAGCCAGUUGGGCAACAUGAGUGCAGCCAUUAAUUCGAUGGAUUUCAGUAUGGCCUUGCAAUUGGCUGCGGUGGCGCAGGCGCAACAGGACGCAUCAUCACUCUCCUCGCCAUUGGCUAUUGAUCUAACAGCUUUAAAGCAGAAAAUAUCUGCUGUCCAACAACAACAACAACAACAGCAGCAGCAGCAACAUCAAAAGCACCCACAGCAGCUACGCCAAACACCGACACCACAACAACAACAACAACAACAACAACAGCCACCCCUGCAUUCGCACAACUCCAAUGAAAACCAAAUCAAACGAAUACUUUAUUGCCCUAAAUGUCCUGCCCGUUACAUUCAAAAAUCCAGCGACACUUCGAACGCAAAAGCGGAACUAGAAGAUCACAUAAAAUGCCACAGCGCAGGCGAUGUACUGGAUAAUAACACCAGUAGUCCGCAAACAUCGACGCCACCACCACCACCGCCACAACCAGCCUUCAAAUGCGAAUUUUGCGAUUAUGGCACCGUGCAGGAAGCACACUUACAGAAACACCGUUAUGUGCACACACAACACUACCAAGAUAAGUGCGCCGAGCUAUACAAGCACGUGCCUGAAGAUUUGGAAUAUGCUCCACCCAAACUAAUGCAAAUCACAUUGGCCAAGAGCUUACAGCAGGCGCCUGAGACGAUCUGGAUUGUUGAUAACGAUUUGAAUGAUCAAUGCAAGGAUCAAAUGCUGCAGCAGCAACAACAUGCAAGCAUUUCCUCAUCGUCGAUGAUGCCCGCAGCGAUAACAGCAUCAACCGCAGUAAGCGCGGCGACAUCACAUUUCGAUACAGCCAACUCGCUGCUGAAAAAGCAGCUGGAAUCAGGCAUGACUGGCGGUAAUGCUGCUAGUGGAGCAAUGCGCAGUUCGCCUGCGCCCACGACGCCUACACCCACACCUACGCCCAAAGAGCUAACCGCCGACGCCGAUGAUUCAUCAAAUAUGCCAUCGACCAGCGCUUCGGUAGCUACAAGCGAUCUAGCUGUUGAUGGUGGCAGUGAUUUCACAUCCAGCGUAGCAUCGCCGGCGCCACUUGAGAAGUGCCUCUAUUGUCCCUACGAAACAAAGCAUACAACACUCUAUAAAGCGCACUUGCAGCAUCAUAUUUGCAUUAGCAAUCAAAGAGAGGCAUACAUCUGCGAACACUGCGAUUACACAGAUGCUAAGCAGGAGCAUAUUGAAGAACAUACGCGCGUGCAUUUCAGCGCAGUGGAAAAAUUGAAGUCAGUAGCAUUCUUCACCUCCUACGACAACUUGGAAUUGAGUGUUGAACGCGAUGAGAGCGCCGGCGACGAAGAAGCGAAUGCAGCUGUAGACAGUGAAUUGCAGAAAGAUGCAACCAACGCCGGCAAUGACGAGCGCACAGCGACAGCUGAAGCAACGGCUGCGCUGCAAUUGAAUAUUAAACAAGAGCAUAACAACAACAAUGAUGAGCAUGUGGUAAAUGAAAAUGUGGCAAAGGAGCAGCAGCAACAAAUGGCAAGUGCGCCAAAGAGCAGCAGCAUUAAGGUGAAAGAUGAGAAAUCAUCAACAGUAGCUGCUGCAGCGGAAAGCAUUAAGAAGCCUUGCAACAAGAUUAUACUAUACAAAAAUGAUGGCUGCUUAGCUAUUAAGCGCGAAGGUGGCAGCAGCAACAGCAACAGCAACAGCAAUGUGAACUCUAACGCUAGUAGCUGCGAAAAUAUUAGUGAUCGCCUGCGUCGCCGCAUAAGUCGUAAUAAUAGCAGCAACAAUAGUCAUAUGAAUGGCAUUGGUGGUAGCACGAAUAAUAAUAAUAACAACAACAACAACCACAAUAGCAACUGUAGCGAUGAACAACAACAAAGCCAUAAAACGAUAUUAGUGAAUGCCAAAACUGGUCAGGUUAUAAGUAGGAAUUAAAAGCGGGAGUAAUUACAUACAUAGCAUAGAUGUGUAUGUAUAGGAUGCGUGUUGCAAGUAGAGAAUGGGUCGAAAGAAGUUGAUUGAACAAAGUGAACUGUACUUUGCGUUUGUUUUUUUUUUUUUAAUUUAAGCGUGCUAAGAUGGCCGCUUCGCUUAGAGGAAGUGGAUAUCA